UGAUUUCACUUUCGCUUUUGCUGAAACAGGACGAAAAGAUUCGAGUGAGAAAAGUACAAGUUGUGCUGUCAGGGGAUCAUUUCUCAGGAUUAGUAUCGAUGGAUAACAAGGAGGCAACACGCACCUGCGGCCAGUGUCACAAAGAGGUUGCAGAGGCCAACUUUGCUCUGCAUGAAACUCAUUGCAGCCGCUUCUUAUGUCCUUGUCCUGACUGUGAUGAACAUGUCCCCAGAGAACUGCUGGACCAGCACAGAGAGGAACAGCACACCCAGGUGAGAUGCUUAAAGUGUAACAAGAAGAUGGAACGUUGUCAGCUAACGGAUCAUGAGGCUGAGGAGUGUGUGGAGCGUCUGCAGAGCUGUCCGUUCUGCGAGCUGGAGCUGCCAUGGAAGGACCUGGACGAGCACAGUCUGGCCUGUGGGAGUCGCACUGAGCUCUGCAGGGACUGUGGCCGUUACGUCACCCUGAGGGACCAGCCCGAGCACAGCUCCACCUGCUCAGCUACUAACAAUGGCUCAGCUCCACCUCAAACUACCAGCAAACUGCCACCAAAUGAGACAAAUAUAACCGUCAAUUGUAGCAUAUGUAUGGCACCAUUUCCAGCUGAGGAUAUAGAGGACCAUGAGCUGGAGUGUGUUUCAGCAACUGACUGGGACAAUGAAGAGUCUGAGCCGUUGGAGGAAAACAAUGAGGACGAGGGGGAUUUUUACAAGCAGGGAGCAACUCCUCAACUAAGCAGCACCUUUAAGGCCAACUCCCUGUCAGCCAGCAAUGUUCCCUUGGGGGAUGGAGGUGACCCAAACCAGAUCAGCACCUGCCCCCACUGCCAUCUUGCCCUGCCCCUCCUCACACUACGCUGGCAUCAGGUGAAGUGCCAACUCCACAUUGUCUUGAAAUAAGGACAGCACCCUUCUCAGAAUGGAUAAGCUCCUUCAAAGAUCAAUAUGUUAUUAUUAAAGGGAUUGAAGUGUUUGGGUUGUUGGAAUGAAACUUCUGUUUCUCAUAUUUUUCAGUGUACAACAGGUAAUACUCUGUUUUUAAGUAUUAAGACAACUGUGUAAUGUUCAUUUUGUUCAAAACAAAUACAGCUACUCAACUGUUGUGCUACUAGCCUGUUUAAAGUAGUGAAUAGAGUGUUUUGAAGCAAUGACAUAACAUUAAGCAACUGUCAGUUGUUUAUGCAAAAAUGCAUCAUAUGCUGCUAAAGUCUCCAUAACUAUUAAAAGGUUUACAUGUCAAAAUCUGAUAUUCUCUGAAAAUGUCAGGUCAGACACCGUACUGUUCUCAUUGAGGUGAGCUAAACUCUCUCUGUUCAUGAACAUGAAGGAAUCCUGUGUUCUUUGUUUGCAGAUUUAUUUUUCUUCACAUUGUACUGAAUCCAUACAGAUGCGACGAGAGAGUGAAACUAGGAAACAAACAGUAAACUACUGAAAUUAGAUAAGCCAUCUAGCUUUCAUGAACAAUACUUUUACGGCAUGAAAUCAAUAUGACACACUCCUUUACUCUACAAACUAGUUGAACAUGUAAUAUAUUAGCAAGCUAUCAUUAGUUUUGGUUGUUGGUGGUUACACCUGGCAGUUAAUAGGCUUAAUUAUUCUGUAAUAGCUUAUCUACCUAAGAACCAAGCAAAGCCUCCUCUGAAAAGUUAAGCCAAUGUAGAAGUGCAUUAACCCAUUAAGGCCUAAAGCGCCUGGAAAAAAAUGCCUGGAAAACCUAUGGGCGAUUUUCAAAUGACCCCCUAAAACCUGAGGUUUUUCUGGAAAUUCAACACCUACUAAAUAAUAGAUUUUUCAGCCUCUGUAGCAGAUAAAAAUGAAAUUCAAAAAGUAUUUGAGAGCUUAUACCCGUGGCUUUCAUACGAAGUUGAGUUUAUUUGUCCAAACCUUCAAUAAAAUU